AUGCCCCGGGGGAGGCGCGGAGGCCGCGUGAGCGCCCUGGAGGGCGGCCCGGAGGAAGAAGCGCCCCCGGCGGCGGCCGCUGUGCCCUCUGCGCUGUGGGCGUCCGGGCUACAGCCGGGGGCGGCGGCCGGGCAGACUCUGCUGCGGGGCAUCUUCGAGAUCGGGAGGAGCAGCUGCGACGUGGUGCUGAGCGAGCUGGCCCUGAGGUGGUGGCCCAUCCAACCCGAGCGACCCGCGGGUGACUCCAAAUAUGAUCAAUGUAAAGAAGAAUUCAUCGAAGUCAAGGACAUAUUCUCUGUCAAACUGAAAAGACGUUAUUCUGCUAAGCAGCAGGGAAAUGGUACUUUACUAGGUAUCACUCUCUUCAUUUGCUUGAAAAAGGAACAAAAUAAACUAAAAGAUUCUACACUUGAUCUUAUUAAUUUAAGUGAAGACCACUGUGAUGUAUGGUUUAAACAAUUCAAGAAAAUUUUGGCAGGUUUUUCAAAUAGACCAAAGUCAUUAAAAGUAAUUCUCAACCCCCAGAGCCACAAAAAAGAAGCUACCCAAGUCUAUUAUGAGAAGGUUGAACCACUAUUGAGGAUUGCAGGAAUAAAGACUGAUGUUACAAUAACAGAGUACGAAGGGCACGCUCUGGCACUGCUGAAGGAUUGUGAACUCCAGGAAUUUGAUGGUGUCGUCUGUGUUGGUGGCGAUGGAUCUGCCAGUGAAGUUGCCCAUGCUUUGCUUCUCAGAGCCCAGAAGAAUGCUGGGAAGGAAACAGACAGCCUUCUCACCCCUGCCCGAGCACAGCUGCCACUCGGCUUAAUACCAGCAGGCUCUACUAACGUACUCGCACAUUCUCUUCAUGGAAUCCCUCAUGUGGUAACUGCAACUUUGCACAUUAUAAUGGGGCACAUACAACCAGUUGAUGUCUGCACUUUUAGCACGACUGGCAAGCUUCUUCGCUUUGGGUUCUCCGCCAUGUUUGGCUUUGGUGGAAGAACUUUGGCCCUUGCAGAAAAAAAUCGAUGGAUGUCACCCAACCAACGAAGGGAUUUUGCGGUCAUGAAGGCACUGGCAAAACUCAAGCCUGAAGACUGUGAAAUAUCCUUUUUACCAUGUAUCAGCUCUCACGAUUUACAAGAAUGGAAGGCAGAAGGAUCUCCCAAAUCUGACAGUAGUGAUCAGUGGCAGACCAUCCAGGGUCAGUUCUUGAAUGUCAGCAUUAUGGCAAUCCCUUGCCUGUGUUCGGUGGCACCUAGAGGCCUGGCACCUACUACCAGAUUAAAUAAUGGAAGCAUGGCUCUUAUCGUUGUACGAAACACUUCUCGACCAGAAUUUAUAAAGCACCUAAAAAGAUACGCCAGUGUUAAAAAUCAGUUCAACUUUCCAUUUGUUGAGACUUACACUGUUGGAGAAGUAAGAGUUCGUCAGAGGAACAAAAGCGGAUGUGAUCCGGAGGAGGAUGAUGGACGGCAGGCAGCUGCUUCAGAACACAGUUUCCCUUGGAACAUAGAUGGUGACUUAGUGGAAGCCGAAUCAGAGGUUCUGGUCAAAUUACACCCAAGACUGAUCAGUCUUUAUGGAGGAAGCAUGGAAGAAAUGAAUGAUUCCAAAGUAACAUGUAAUUGUUUAUAGAAGAAAUGUACAAACUAGAAUUUUAAGAGUGAAGGAAUUGGUCAUGCAUUAAAGAUAUAGGGGAAAAAUUAUUUUUUUAAAGAAAUGAAAAUUGCUAUUUUUGUUGCUAAAAAUUAGCUUCUAGAGCUUAAGCCAUGAAAUAUAAUGAAUUAAAUUCUGGGUUUCAGAAAGUAUUUAUUGGAACUGAAAGUAAACAUUCAUAUACUCAAAACAUCAUGAUGAUCUGUCAGUAAUUCCCAAGUGAAAUAAUUUGGAUGCUUUCACCUUUCAGGAUUUGAGUCCAUCCUCUAUGGGUAUAAGAUUUCCUACAGCCUGGUACAGAUGGAUGCCAGAGAUUACCUAAGGAUGCCCUGGUGAGAUCCUAAUCCAGAUUUCAAAAUGGCUCCAAUACCUACGUUAUUUGCCAAAGAGAUAAACUAUUUUAAGUUGUUAGGGAACCGAUUUUGUGACUAUUCCCUGAAAGCUGAAAGUUGUUGAUUUUCUUUAAGUCUUUCCAAAUCCAUAACAAAUUUUGAAGUAUGAGAAGUAGCUAACUAGUGAGGAGCUGUUUUCUCUUUGCUUCUGAAAGUCGUGUUAUCCAGCAAUCCUAGCACACUGGUUUAGCGCACUCAAUACCCCACAUGCUGUCAUCUCUGGAUAGAGAAGAGCCCAAUUUAAAUUUCCUCAGAGAUCAUCCUUCACCACUGAUUCCAGAAAAUCUCCUGAAAGGAUUACUUUGCUUUUUAUGUAAUGAAAAAGGCAGAUCAUUUGCUUAUAUAAUACCUUUUUAAGUUUAAUCAAUGACUGCUGGGAUAUACCGUGUUCAGGAGGGUUCAUGCUCGCAGAUUGGGUUUCAGCCAUCGAGUGCCUUCAGAAACUCUGUCCUCCUUGUUCUCUGGCCACCAAUUACUACUGUGGGCUCAUGAACAGAGAACCUGCAGGAAUUUCGGCAGCCUGAGAAAGACCGCUGUUGGCAGGGGCUUCAGAUAGACAGAAGUCUUUUACUAUUUAAUUGCUUCCAAUAAUAAAGACAGAUAUAGGGGCGCCUGGGUGGCUCAGUGGGUUAAGCUGCUGCCUUCGGCUCGGGUCAUGAUCCCGGGGUCCUGGG